GUUUUUCCGUUUAAUAAACGGCGUUUAUUACAUUCUCAUCAAAUCUAUUGAUUCACCAUUGAAUAUUAUUUACAAUCACUAGACUCGAGGGAAAACUGUAGUUUUAAUCAUUUUAUUAUAAAAUGUUAAUCAAUGAGAUUCCCGAUGAUUGUUUGCUCGCCAUUUUUGAUUAUAUAAUUGACCUGGAUGAUUUAAUAAACUGCGAUAAAGUGUGCGUUAAAUGGAGCAAUUUAAUUGCUAAGCGAACUAAAAAAGUUAAAUAUUUGCGAGAGAAUCCUGGUUAUUCAUCUGACACUGUUUAUUAUCAAAGAUCAUGUUCGAUUGAUUCAACCUGUCUGAGUAAAUUAUUUACAAAUGUAAAAAUCGCUGAUUUGUCUUCUGAAUUACAUUGUAAAGUAGAAGAUGCUAUUGAAUUUGUUAGAAAACAAGAAUCUUUGAAAGGAUUAAUCAAUCCUUUUGAUGUACCAAUGGAAAAAUAUUGUGAUGAACUCGAAAUGCUUUCUGUCGAAUAUUUCAAUCCAAACAAUUUAAGAAAUGUUUCCAGCCUAAAGCAAUUGGAUGUUUGGGAAUAUACUCUAGAGGCUUUUGGAAGAGAUGCUCAUUAUUUGCCAAACCUUGAAAGACUAAAGAUUCAAAUUAAUGUUCCAGACAAACACUACGAUGGUCCAGUAUUGGAAAAGCUCAAAAUACUUGAGUUGUUUCACUAUUACGAAGAACAACCUGAAACUUCUUUUCAUGGUUUCCAGUUGAUGGAUUCAUGUCCAAAUUUACAAAGUGCACAUAUUGCAUGGAUAUCCUAA